GGCCCGCGCCUGUGGCUGGAGCGUAACUCGCGCCCAGCCUUUAGCCACUCUAGUCCUUCUGCGAGGACAGUACAAGCCGCACUACCCUUCAUCACGGACAACGUCAAUUUGGCUAGCCAAUCUCGCUUCUCACUGCCACAUAUCGAAGUCUUGAUGGUCCGUUGCCGAUCUGACGCUCUGGUGUGACGCGGCCGCCGUCCUCGCUCGUCCGGAUAAUAACCGGAUUUGUAUCCCACCGCGACUGAUUGGCUAUCUUUGGAUGCAAAGUGGCUGUGUCACAAACCGCCGCACUUGCGCUCUCGCAGCAUCGGUCGCACAUGUGUCUUUGUCCUGGUUGCUUCUGCCCGCCGGCCGCCAAGCGGCUGCGCCACAACACGCGGCCGUGGACGGACCCGCUGCUGCUGACCAACCUCGUGUACGUUGCGGCGGCCGUCGUCUCGUACGCAGUGGGUCAGUACACGUGCGGCCUCCUCCAGCUCGGGUCUUCGAUUGCGUCGACCAUGUUCCACCGGUCCCGCGAGACCAAGUACCUUCCGCUGGACGCAAUCAUCUCGGGCACGCUCGGCAUCAUUGCAGCCUAUGUCGUCUUGGACGCGAUCGAGAACGAACUCCACCACGUGCUCGGGCUCAAGCUGCUGCAUGGCGCGGGCUGCGCGUUCACGUGGAUCUACUGCGGCAUGCCGGGCGGCGUGCGCUACGAGACGUGGCACAAGCGCUGGCACUACGUCUCGGGCUACACGACGCUGUCGUGCUCGCUCCUCAUGAGCGUGUACCACCCCGACUUUGACGCGAUCGUGCUCAAGUGGCUCUUCCCGAACGGCGCACCGAUGAACCUCGGCAUGUAAACCACUGUAAAGUGAAGCUCUUUGAAAAUACAGUGCAUUUUGGCGGCUCCAGAGCGGACCCAACUACCUCGCAGUUUGCGCCCGAGUCGGCCCUGCCGUACUGUACGGUGCAUUUAUUCGGACCAAAUGCGCCAGACAGCACAACCAAGGGCGUAAAAUAUCUCGAGUGCUCAACGAUCUAGUGACUAGGUUUCUCUGGCGUGCUUGCAUCGAUCUUGCUCCUUCACUUUACGGAAAAUGCUUCGAAAGUGUAUGAAGCGGUGAGCCGACUGCACUCUAACGUCGUUGAGAGGUUAGGGUGGUUGAUCCAUGCAAAAAAUUGGGACGACUCAGCCUU